GGAAUAACGAGGAAAGAAAGGUUUGGCACCCCUGGCACCCAGCGAACGCGGCAAAGGUCUACCAAACUGUUCUGUGCGCGAGCAGUAUAGUAACUAAGGUACACACAGCAGAAUAGCCACUCUGUUUCAUGUGCCUGGCUGCCAAAGUGGUCACAAGAGUGUCACGACUUAAUGUUCAGCCUGAGCCUAGGCUUACAAUAUAUGACCCAAGGACAGGCCAAGCGCAAGAGUUGAAACAGGCCGGACCUAACUGUUAUUGGGCCUAUUCCAGUUUUCAUGCAAAAGGGUUAACGUUAGGCCCUAGGAGUCCUUCGCAGGAAAAGCCCUCAACAUGUGGAAUCAGUCAGGAAUUCAAUCACCUAUGAAAGGAGGAGGAGGUGGUUUCAUGAAUACAACUGGAGAUUUCUCUCCCAGCACCCAAGCUGAUCGCAAGGGACGAGCACGCAUUGACACCUUGAUCCCAGUGAGUGUUCAGAACAUUCUGAGUUGUCAAGAUGAUGUCCUGAAAAUUGCUGGCCUUGAAGCCAGGAUGCUUGUACUUAUGGGAAAAGUGAAGAGAGCAGAGGCCCAUCCUACUAGGGUUGAUUAUUAUGUUGAUGAUGACACAGGAACAAUUAAAUGCACCCUGUGGAAGGAUCAAGAACAGGAUAAAGAGCUGGACCAUGAUGACCCUGACCAGAGUGAGAGACCGGAGCAGAAGUACCAAGGCAAACAUGUCCGAAUAGUUGGUCAGCUUCGAAGUCAGGGUGGAGAGAGGCAUGUUCUCAUCCUGAAAAUAUUUCCCUUGUCCUCUGACGAUGAACUCCAUUGCCAUAAUUUGGAAAUAAAGUAUGCUGAAGCGAAAAUUCAACAUUUACAACAGAAGCAG